UUUUUUUUCUCUUUAAUUUUAUGUUGUGUAGAGGGGCUAUGACCAAUGAGAUUCAGAACCAAGAUCCAAGAAAGUUGAUGCUCGAGUCAAAAUGUUUUCUCCCAAGACAAUUUUCAAUAAACUUAAAUAGACGACUUAUGUCAGUACUGUUUGUUAAUUAAAUUGAGUGUAGAAGUAGAAACAAAGUGUACUCCCUUGAUAAAUUAUUGAGACUUUUUUUUAUAGUUCAAAAUAUGUAAAUUGUUUUAAGUUCAAAAAAAUUAUAGACUUUUAUGUGUAUCAUAUAAUUUAAUGAGAUUAUAACUACAUUAUUUUUUCUAAUAUAUUUUGUAUCAUCAACAAUCCAAUUAAUAUGGAGUAGGCGGAGUAAUGCUAUUGGGUGCAUGUGGCAUGGGUUUCAUUAAACAACAAGAACCCACACUGCAGUUAAUUAUAGCACAGCACCGACGAGCGGAGUCAGAAUAAACUAUUAACACCCAUUCAGUAUCAGCCAAUCUCAUUCUCUCUGCCAUUUUCCCAUUCAGUCUCUCAACUCUGGCCCUUUCCACAACAAACAAAAACAAAAAAGCCGCUAAUUGUGCAAAAGUUCACUAACUGCAAGUCAUCACCUCCAAAUUUCUUUACUUUUCAAGCUGGAAACUAAAAAAAAGGAACAAAGUCACUUAUAUAAAAGUUUUGCACUCACACCCACUCGAGAAAAAAAGAAUCUUGAUCCCUUUCGACCUGAAAAUACCACUUUGAACUAUUUUUCUUUUUCUUUUUGCUAGUUGCAAAGCAUGCCAAAUUGGGAGCUGAAGCAUUGUUGCAAGCAUGAACAAAUCGUUUUUCUCGCAACUCUUGGCGUUUGUGCUGUUGUCAUUCUUGCACUAUGGAGGACAGUGCUGCUACUACCUUUCAAGCUCGUUACCGUGUUUAUUCAUGAAGCUAGUCAUGCCAUAGCUUGCAAACUUACUUGCGGACAUGUUGAGGGAAUACAGGUUCAUGCUAAUGAAGGUGGCACCACACAAACGCGUGGAGGUGUAUAUUGGUUCAUCUUGCCAGCUGGAUAUCUUGGUUCAGCAUUUUGGGGAAUGGUUUUAGUGCUUGCAUCCACCAAGCUCCUUUCAGCAAGAAUUGCAGCAGGAUGUUUAGUGGUCACUCUAAUUGUUGUUCUUUUUGUGGCUAAAAAUUGGACACUCCGGGGCCUUUGUAUAGGGUUUGUUCUCUUCCUUGCUGUUGUAUGGAUUCUGCAAGAAACAACAAAGAUAAAAAUUCUGCGGUACAUCAUUUUGUUCAUUGGUGUAAUGAACAGCUUAUUUUCUGUAUAUGAUAUAUACGAUGAUCUGAUAUCACGAAGAGUUAACUCAAGUGAUGCUGAGAAGUUCGCUGAAGUGUGUCCCUGUCCUUGUACUGGUGUUGGCUGGGGAGUCAUUUGGGGACUCAUUUCUUUCUUGUUUCUCUGUGGAGCCACAUAUCUUAGUUUGGUGAUCUUGUCCUAAGGCUGAGGAGCUGGAUACUUGACACAACUCAAGGGACUCCCAUUCAUACAAAGUUCAAGAGCAUUCGUGUACCCCUCACGUUGGUUGGCUCCUUACUAUUUAUGGGACUGUAUUUGCCAAAUCAUCUUUGCAAGCUGGAUUACUGCAUGCAGCAUAACUUACAAUACAAACAUGUUUGGGUGCGGCGAGAGGAGAAUCAGAGUACUAUAGUGCUACAAUUAUAACAUUGUUCUAUUUCCUUUCUCAUACACCAAAAGGAAUCUCAGUACAUGAUACAUUUCCUCAUGACUUGGUCUCUUUGACAUUUGCUGUUGUAUACAUCAGUUUCAUUUUCUUCAUAGAACUCUUUAAAUAUUUUGUUAAGUUUAUAUUCUGUCAGUGACAAUAACAUCAUUCCUACUAGUACAAGUUACAACGACAACAUACCCAGACCCCAAUGUAAUUUCAAAAGUGAAGCGUACAUAAACCUUACUCCUGGAGAAGUAAAGGUAGAGAAGUUGUUCCUCAAACACACCUCAGCUUUUGAGUAACAUAUUACAAAGUGGGAUAUAUCAUUCCUCUUACUUAUAAGUUUCAUGCAAUAAGCAUCUGUAAUUGUAGACACAAGUCAAUCUUCCAAACAAAUAGCAGAGAUAUGCAGAGAGAUAUAUCAGUAAAAGAAGGGAUAUAUCAUAAAGAAGGAAGAGAGGGAGGUAUCGAAUCCCAAAAAGAGAUAGAGAUGUAUCCAAGAAGUGAUGCAACCAACAGGAGAUUUUCGAAUUUUUCUAUAAAAUGAUAAAAAAAAUUCCAGAGAUUAUACUAUCCAAAAGAUUAUGAUAUAAUUAUCGACCUAAAAUCACCAAUACCAUGUAAAACCUAAUCUAGACAAUCAAUUGGAUCACCAAAGGAUACACAUGAUAUUGAUGCUAAGUAUGCCAAUAAAAAAUUGCAAGCACCAGAUUAUGAAACUCUAACAAGACCUUAAAUCCUAGGUACAAGAGAGCACAUAAUGGGAGGAAAGAACAACACCAGAUUUAACAAACAAAACGAAUAAUCUAGAGCAUUGCAACAAAGUUUCAAUGAGAUCCAAUAAUCGUCUAAAUACUGUUCUCUGCCUUCAAAA